AUGGAGCUGAGUUUUCAUCUCUGCAUAAUCUCUCUGCUCUUGCUCUCAUCAAAAUCAGCAGCAAAAGAAUCAGAGAUAAUCUCGAGGUUCCAGCGCUACCUUCAGAUCAACACGGCGCAGCCUAAGCCCCUGUACCGCGAAGCAGCAGAUUUCAUCCUCUCCGAGGCCGCUUCCCUCUCCCUCGAGUCGCAGACUCUCGAGUUCGUCCCUGGCAAGCCUCUCGUCCUCCUCAAAUGGCCCGGCUCCGAUCCUUCUCUCUCCUCCGUCCUUCUCAACUCUCACACCGACGUCGUUCCGGCCGAGCACGACAAGUGGACACACCCCCCUUUCUCGGCCCACCUGGAUUCGAACGGCGACAUUUACGCCAGGGGGUCCCAGGACAUGAAGUGCGUUGGGAUUCAGUAUCUGGAGGCUAUUAGGCGGCUCAAGGCUUCUGGGUUUGAGCCCAAAAGGUCUGUUUACUUGUCGUUUGUCCCUGAUGAGGAGAUUGGGGGUCACGCUGGUGCUGAGAAGUUUGCUGAGUCUGAUGUUUUCAAGGGCUUAAAUGUGGGCAUUGUGCUUGAUGAAGGGUUGGCCUCGCCGACUGAGAAUUACAGGACGUUCUAUGCAGAGAGGUGUCCCAUGUGGCUGGUCAUCAAGGCUACUGGGGCUCCUGGUCAUGGGGCCAAGCUCUAUGACAACACUGCCAUGGAGAAUCUCUUGAAAAGUAUUGAGAGUGUGAGGCGGUUCCGAGCUUCGCAGUUUGACUUGGUGAAGGCAGGUUUGAAGGCUGAAGGAGAGGUAGUCUCAGUCAAUAUGGUGUUUUUGAAGGCUGGCACUCCGACUCCGACUGGUUUUGUCAUGAAUUUGCAGCCAUCUGAAGCAGAAGCAGGCUUUGAUAUUAGGGUCCCACCAACUGCUGAUCAGGAGUCCUUGGAGAGACGGAUAGCUGAAGAAUGGGCCCCUUCUUCACGGAACAUGACAUUUAUGCGUGGGCAGUUCAAGCAGAAGGUUUCUGUGCUUGACGACUCAGGGAGGCCAAUCCUUACGGCAACUGACAGUUCAAACCCCUGGUGGGGCCUUCUAGAAGAAGCUGUCAAAAAAGCUGACGGGAAACUUGGUAAGCCAGAGAUUUUCCCUGCUUCAACAGACGCUCGCUACUUCCGGCUACUGGGUUUGCCAGCAAUCGGAUUCUCUCCUAUGGCUAACACUCCUAUUCUCCUUCACGACCACAACGAGUUUCUAAACAAAGACGAAUACUUGAAAGGAAUUGAGAUUUACGAAUCUAUUAUCAAGGCUUAUGCAUCUUACGUUGAUCAUGGAAGAAGCGCAGGGUCCAGAGAUGAGUUGUAA